AUGAAGGGAAAGGUUUCAGGGGUUCAAGCUAGAUUGCUAAAGGAAAAUUCAAGAGCAUUUUUUACACCUUGUACAUGUCAUAGUACAUGUCAUAUCUCCUAUUCGGAGUAUUUUUUUUGGUAUUACUUACUCUUCCAAGUAAACUUUGUAAGUAAAGAACUUCAAUGUAAAUCAGAAGAUCUAUCAGCAGCUCUUAGCUCAUUUGAAAAACUUUUAAGUUGGUUGAUCAUUUACAGAAACACUAAGUUUGAGCACAUUUUAGUCAAGGCAAAAGCACUCGCAGAAAACUUAGAAAUAUAUCCAGAAUUUCGAAAUAACCGGCUCCGGAAACGAAAAAAGCAUUUCAAUUACGAAGGCAAUGAUGAGCCUAUUAUAGACCCUUUAAAUACAUUCAACAUAUCUUUUUUCAUGUUAGUUUUAGAUAAAGCUAAACAAUUGCUAGAGGAUCGUUUUGAACAAUUAAAAAAUUACGAUAAUUUAUUUGGGUAUUUGGGAAGAUUUCAAAAUAUAAAAAAAGAAGAACUAAAAAAACAUGCAUUAGAUUUAGAAAUUGCUCUGACAGAUUCUAAGAUUAUACAAAUGGAUAUAUCUAAUGACACUGUGAAGCCUGAAGCAGACUUAGAAGGUAACAUGUUACUUGAAGAAAUGGAAGCACUAAAAUCUAUUCUUUCAUCUGAAUUUUAUCUUGUGUUCUAUGUUCUCUCAUUCUGUUAA